CAAAAUACAAUUGAGCUUAUGGUCAACUUGCUAUCUUAUGUACAAAGACAAACUUGAGCUGGUUUAAUACUUUGAUUUCCAUUUACUUCUUUAUUGCUACUCCUAUGGCUUCUUCUUCUUCUUCUUCCGUUGUCUCUUCAACACCUCCUAACUGCAAAUACCAGGUUUUCUUGAGUUUUAGAGGUGAAGACACCCGCAACGAUUUCACAAGCCACCUUUAUGCUGCUUUGCAGAGGAAGCAAGUCAGGACGUUCAUAGAUAAUGAGCUCGUCAGAGGAGUGGAGAUCGCUCCGACCCUUUUGAAAGUGAUCGAGGAAGUGGCGAUUUCGGUUGUCAUUUUCUCCGAAAAUUAUGGGAAUUCUCCGUGGUGUUUGGAUGAACUAGUGAAGAUCAUCGAGUGCAAGAAGACGAUGAAGCAAAUGGUUUUACCUGUUUUCUACCGGGUUGACCCGGCUCAUGUUGCGGAGCUGAAGGGGAGUUUUGGUGUUGCAUUUGCCAUGCAUGAGGUACGUUUUAGCAGAGACAAGCUGAAAAGAUGGAGAAGUGCUUUGUCUGAAGCUGCCAAUUUAUCUGGUUGGGAUUCUCUUGUUAUUAGGCCUGAAUCCAAACUUAUAGGGGACAUUGUUGAAGAUAUUUGCAAGAAAUUGAAUAAUAUGUCAACACCAACAGGAGGGGCUGAAACGUAUUCAGGCAUGCCGAGAACUGAAUCAUCAUUUUGGCAGGCGCAUUCAGGCAUUCCGAAAAUUGAAUCAUCAUUUUGGCAGGCGCAUUCAGGCCCUCAGAGAAUUGAAUCAUCAUUUUGGCAGGCGCUCUCACGUCCGCCUUCCUCAGACUAGGCGGCGUGAGCAGUUGCUGUACAUUCUCUCCGCUUCAUCUGCUUGAACCAACCUAAAUUUGCAUGUAAAGUUAUUGUUUGAAAGAACAGUGGAAAUGAAUAUCUGGACCCCAAUAUACUACUCACUUAUGCCAGAAUUCCAGCAUAGAGUUGUUCAUGUUAUUCAAAUCUACACUCAUGUGUACACAGUAUGAAUUUUUUCCAGUAUCUCAACACCUUCCCUCAACGACGGACGUUUAAUGAUCAUGACAUCGAAGAGGAAGCAAGUGGGUACUUGUAAAGGAAAUGAGGUCAAAGUGGCACUUGAA